UCAUGGGUCACAAACCUAAAAAGAAGAAAUCUGGGGGUUCCAAGAAAAAGAAACUCAGCAAAACCGAAAAAGUCAAAAUGCAACAAGAGGAGGAACAGAAACGACUGCAGGAGGAAGAGGAAGCCCGAUUCAAAGCUGAGAAAGAAGAAGCCGAGAGACUUGCGAAGCAGCAGCUUGAGAAGGAGAAACAAGAGAAACUUGAAGCCAAAGAUUUAGAAAGGAGAGGUGACGAACUUGAAGAACUUCGUUUAUUAGAGAACUGUUAUCCUGCAGCGGAGAAGUGGAGAAAAGAAUGUCUUGCGCAGGCUAAGUGGGAGGAAUUCACCCGUUGCGAAGACACCCCGGACCCCACCUUACCGCGGGAGAUCAACACCUUCAUCAGUCUGUGGAAAGAAGAACAAGAUGAAGAUAUAGAAACGGUGAUGCUGAAGGGGAAGUUGGUGCGAAGCCUAAUUGAGAGGCUGGAAUUACUCUUAAUGGAAACCCCACUUCGUGAGCUGAAGGAGAAGAAAGCGCUCCUCUACCAGGAAUCCAUCUGCGAAUUGCGGGACCUCCUUUACAGUAAGUUCGACGUGGCAACCGAAGGCCUGCUUAAACAGGCCAGCACUUUGGUUGACCCCGACAGCGGAAACAUGGAGAAGGUCUUUCGGGGAGAAAAUGUCACCUUCUGCAUCUGGGCAAAUAUCAGGAAGAAUCCAAGGACCAAAAACGUCACGUUCCAGGACACCGAGAUGGGGUUGAUCCUCCCAAAGAUCCUGACGGUGAGCGGCAUCGCGCUGCGCCUCCUUCACACCCACUUCGACCACCUGUCUCCGCCGAGCGCCCUGACGCCCCUCCCCAAGAUCGAGCCCCCCGAGGCGACGGACGAGGACCCAACCCCAGCCCUGGGCCCCGGGCGAGCCCCCCGAAAGGGACGGCCGGAGCCCCAAGGCCGCCCCGAACCCCAACACCACGCCGCCCAACGCCGUGGGCUGGAGGAGCGGACGAGUUCCGCUGUCAUUGGAGAAGGGGUGGAAGAGAAAGCAGGAGAGGAAGAGGAUAAAAUAUCAAUAAGAGAAUGCACUUCUUCACUCUCAGAUCCCAUGAAAUUCCAGCUGGAAGAAUCGGAGAGCCAGUCGGAGGACGACCUCGGGGAGAACGUGGUCGAUCUGCAUCAGUUCACCCCGCUGGGCGGCGUUUAUCACCUGGAUGUGCUUCAACUCCCCCCACAGUGCAAGCAAGUCAAAGGCUGGACCCUGGUAGAAAUGCUGAGCCAAGGCCUGAAGAGAUUCCCGUACCCCCAGCCGCUGACCCAGGAAGCCCCUCUCCCCUCCGAGGAUCCGGACCCUCCGGCCCUGAGGCAGACGUCGCCCGGAUCGGACGUAGACGUGGGUCAGCCGCCCAUCACCGUCACGCUGAAGUUCAACGACAGCGCGGUGUUCUUCGAAGAACCACUGGUGGCCAAGUGGGAUCCCGAAGGGAGGUGUUGGCGGACCGACGGUUUCGGUAACGUCUACUACAACAUGGAAGAGAGGCAGCUGUCCUUCACCCUGGAGUCUCUCUGUCCCGUGGCCCUGAUGCAGGAUACCCACCUCAACAUGCCCUACCAGUCGUGGGAGCUCAGGCCCACCGGGCUCAACGCAGCGCUCUUCGUUGUCCUUACCACUUUUACCGAGCUGAAAAUCCAAAUCCAGGGGAACCAAUGUAUGCUCAUCUCAGCCACGCUGGAAGAUGAGGAAUAUGUUUCUGAGAUAUCAGGGAAGUGGAUGAGUCCUCUCGCCCUGACCCUGGCCAUGCGAAGAGUUGGGCUGAACAUCUUUCCUUCCGAACGGUCCCGCAAGUAUGUCAGUGUGAACCAGAAGAGCCCAGGAACCGAGGUCAAAGCUUAUCAACAGAUGGCCUUGAUGGCCCCGGCCUUGGCCUUCGGCUGGAGCAAGUGGAACCUGAAUUGUGGCGCGGAGACCGUGGUGUUGAAGGCGAGCGAGCAUCUCGGGACGGAGCCGGUGAACGCCAGAGACUGGUCUCUGUACAUGUUCAACGGCCAGAGGGCUCAGAGGCUGAAGGUUGACGAGUUCAGCCCGGCCUUCUCCGAAGAUCUAGAAGACGACACCGAGUUUCACUCCACCCUCUACCACAUGCUGAAGGAUUUCACCAGCGAAGAAGCGAUGGAAAAAGUCCAAAACGCCCAUCACCUCUUCGUCGACGCCGUCUAUCAGCUCUUGCUCUUCACUCGGGUCCUCACGUAUUCGUGACGGCCACUGGAAGGCAGGGGAUCGGGAGAACCAGGACGCUCGCGCCAAAAGUAACGU